AUGGUCAUGAACUGGAACUCUGAAGCAGACGCCAAGCUCUUCCAAGGCGUCCUUAACUUGCUGAGAGACUCCAAAAUCAAGCUUGACUACGAGUAUCUCGCGGGGUUUAUGGGACCAGGUUCGUUUCCCCCUCUGAAGACGACCUGUCGCCUCUACUACAUCCACCCACCCCUUUUCUUCGUUUAUUCCUCGUACCUCAUUCGCAAUCUUGGUCAUUUCACGCACAGCACUAACAGCCAUCUGGAAACAGACUGUCUCCCCGGCGCCGUGCAGAACCGCAUCGUCCGCCUCAAGCGCAUGGCCGAGAAGGGCCCGAGCAACGACGAUUCUGCAUCCGGCGAGAAUGUCGACGAGAAGACUGAGGGCGCUGGUUCUGAGGGUCAGGCACAGGCGUCGCCUGCCAAGCGCAAGGGUGGAAGGCCCAGGGGGGUCAAGGGGUCUCUGGCGAAGAAGGUCAAGGCUACAGCGAAGGCGAAGGUUGAGGUCGAGGAGGAGGACGAUGAGGAGAUGUAG